UUGACGAACCCACACAGAAUAAAACGACGACAUUAGCACAGAGGUUAAGAAACAAGUGACUGCAAAUACAGAGUGAAGAAAUCGAAGAAAAAAUGGUGGCCACAAGCAUAAGUGUAGAAAUUGAUUCUCCAGUGGAGGCAACCAGACUUUGGAAAGCAAUAGUAAAAGACUACGAUCUCCUCCCAAAGCAAAUGCCAGGCGUAUGCUCAGGCGUCACUCGUCUCCAGGGCGACGGAGGUGUGGGCACCGUUAUACAAAUUGAUUUCACACCUGUUAACAAGGAUUUCAGCUACGUGAAGGAACGCAUGGACGAAAUCGAUGAGGAAAACUUUUAUUACAAGUUCAGCUAUGUGGAGGGAGGGGAGCUUGGGACUGUGUGGGCUUCUGCUCAGUUUAAGCUCAAAUUGACACCCAAAGCAGAGGGUGGAUGCGUGCUGAGUCACACGUGUGAUUAUGACAGCCUCCCUGGCGUUUCCAUCGACCAAGCCAAAAUACAAGAGAUGGAGGGUGCCGCAACUGGUCUGUUAAAGACAGUAGAAGCAUAUCUCAUAUCUAAUCCGACUUUAUAUGUGUAGAUUAGGAGGAAUUAGGGUUUUUGUGUUCAAUAAUGGUGGCCACUGGCCAUUGCAGCGUCUGUGAUAGUGGUAACUCUUACAUGUUGCUUAGAUGUGGUUAUGUGAUUAUGUCUGAUUUGAUUGGUGUCACAGUUUAAUAUCAUGGAAGAUAUGCAUUUUGUUAAAUAUUAUGUACUAUGUUUUAGUUA